AUGGCUGGGAUGUACGGUCAAGAGGGUGGCGAUGGCGCCCCUCCGCCAUAUGGAUCUAGCGGCAGUGGUGGCUAUGGUGGCUCUGGAGGCUACGGAAGCGGUGGUGGAGGCUAUGGAGGUGGUGGUGGAGGCGGAGGAUAUGGAGGAGGUAGUGGUGGUGGUUAUGGAGGUAAGGGCGGCGAUGGAGGUGGUUACGGUGGUGGAGGCCGUGGUGGACGAGGUGGUGGAGGUUAUGGCGGCGGUGGUGGUCGAGGCGGAGGAUAUCAAGGAGGAGAUCGCGGUGGCCGAGGUGCCGACCGUGGUGGUGGUGGCAGAGGUGGCCGCGGUGGCAGCGGAAGAGAUGGUGAUUGGCUUUGCCCUAACCCAGGCUGUGGGAAUUUGAACUUUGCAAGAAGAGUUGAGUGUAACAAGUGUGGCACGCCCUCUCCUGCGGGUGGCGGUGGUGAUCGCGGCGGCGGCAGUGGUGGCGGCGGUUAUAAUAGGGGAGGAAGUGGUGGGGGCUAUGGUGGUAACCGUGGUGGUAGAGGUGGUAAUUAUGAUGGGGGUCGAAGUAGUAACUAUGAAGGAGGUAAAAGUAGCGGUUAUGAUGGAGGUAGAGGGGGUAAUUUUGAUGGUAGAGGUGGAGGUGGUAGUAGAGGUGGUUCUUAUGGCAGUAACCAAGGAAGAGAUGAUGGUGGGUACGGUCAGGUUCCUCCACAUGCGCCGACGUCCUAUGGUGCAGCUGGAGGCAAUUACCCACCAUCUUACAAUGCUAGUUAUGGAACAGAUGCAGUUCCUCCUCCUACAAGCUAUACUGGUGGGCCUACAUCAUAUCCCCCAUCCUAUGGUGGUCCUGCGGGUGGUUAUGGUGGUGAUGGUCCUGGUGAUGCAAGGAGUGGUGGCCGAGGUGGCCCUCCUGCUAAAUAUGAUGGUGGGUAUGGUGCUGGUGGUCGAGGUGGAUAUGGUGGUGCUGCGAUGGAAGCCCCAGCUAAGGUGAAGCAAUGCGACCAGAAUUGUGAUGAAACUUGUGACAAUGCUAGAAUCUACAUAUCAAACUUGCCCCCAGAUGUUACUGUUGAUGAACUGCAGCAGCUUUUUGGAGGCAUUGGACAAGUGGGAAGAAUCAAGCAAAAACGUGGCUAUAAGGACCAAUGGCCAUACAAUAUCAAAAUAUACACAGAUGAAUCGGGAAAAAACAAAGGCGAUGCAUGUUUAGCAUAUGAAGAUCCGUCUGCUGCACAUUCAGCUGGUGGAUUUUACAAUGAUUACGAGUUAAGGGGCUAUAAGAUCAAUGUUGCGAUGGCAGAGAGGUCGGCACCUAGGGCUCCGCCUGACCAGGGUGGUGGUAGAGGUGGAUAUGGGGGCGGUGGGCGCAGGGAUAAUUAUAGAGAUGGUGGACCUGAUAGACAUCAACAUGGCGGAAACCGUGCACGGUUCUUUAAACUGGAGACUAAGAGAGACAAGUGGAUAAUCUCCAAAUUGCUUGCUGCUAAGCUAUCUAAGCAUUUAGUGAUUGAACUGAAGUCAUUGGAGUAUAGUAGUGGAGGAUAUUGUUUGGGGUACCGGUUUCCUUUAUUGAUCUUCUACUUGCUGGGUUGGGCUAGCCUCUCUGGUGACUGCAAAGUACUUGUGGAUGACAAGGAUCUCUACCAGUUCUUUGAGACUCCUUAUGUUGAGCAACUGCUGCUGUUAUUUUGUUCUAGGCUUAAAGCCUCUGUGCCAACAUGA